GUUGCAACAGGCCGACAGGCCGACAAGCUGUCCGCUCCGUGUUUCGAAGUUGUUGGCGACUUGCGAUCCAGCAUUGACCGCCUUGAGCUUCCUCGCCUGCCCCUCUGCUAGCUUCUCACAUGCUGCCCUUGCCCGACCGAGCCUGCGCUGUCAAUAGGGCUUUUCGAUCGCCUUUCACCGUUCGUGCUUGAGCUGGACUUGGGCUUCAGUGUUCACCGCGCCGCCAUGGACGGCUUCUCCAUCAUCAAGGAGCAUGGCAAGGCAAUUAUCGAGGCUAUCCGGAGAACUGCCCAGAACGAUUGGAAAGUCCUGGUAAUAGACGAGACCGCGAAGAGGAUCAUCGACAGCUCUGUCAGCGAAGAUGACAUUCUCAACCACAAUAUCGCCAAUAUCGAGCGCAUCGAGGAGCGGAGGGAGGUGAAUCCGGAUAUGGAUGCCAUCUAUUUCCUGUCACCCCAGCCACACAUUGUCGAGUGUCUCCUUGCCGACUUCGAGCGCCGUCGGUACAGGAGGGGCUAUGUGAUCUGGACCGGCCACCUGCCCGAUGCGCUGCAACGUCGACUGGAUGUGGCUCGGGGCCAGAUGGGAGGCCCACCUGAUCUCCUGCUCGUCGACUUCUACCCCCGCGAGUCGCACCUUGUCACCUUCCAGGACCCCUCGAGCUUCCUCGUCCUGUACAACCCUACGUGUAACGACCUUGUAGCACAGCACUUGCGGACACUAGCGUCAAAGAUUGUCUCCGUCUGCAUAACGCUGCAAGAGGCACCCAAAGUCCGUUACUACCAGCCGCCGGAACACGCCAGACAUGAAGCCAGCGUACUAUGCAUGCACCUGGCUCGCUUCGUCCAGAUGGAGCUAGACCGCUAUCGACAAUGGGACCAGGCCUUCCCCCCUCCGUCACAGCGGCCGCAGUCGGUGCUCCUCGUCACAGACCGGUCAAUGGAUCUGAUGGCCCCGCUGGUGCACGAAUUCACCUACCAAGCCAUGGCCCAUGAUCUGCUUCCCAUCAAGGACCAGGAGGACGGCAAAGUGACGUUCCACAUGACGGUCAACGAAGGCACGCCUGCUGCCGAAGAAAAGGAUAUGGAGCUCGUCGAAAAGGAUAGCGUUUGGGUCAACAACAGGCACCGCCACAUGAAGGAUACGAUCGACAAGCUCAUGAGCGACUUCCAGAAGUUCCUAGACCAGAACCCGAAUUUUGCAGGAAAGGACGCCCAGCAGACGAGCCUCAACGACAUCAGGGACAUGCUGGCAGGCCUGCCACAGUUCCAGGAGAUGAAACAGGCCUACUCGCUCCACCUCACCAUGGCACAGGAGGCCAUGAACAUCUUCCAGAAAUACAAGCUUGCGGACCUUGCCUCGGUCGAACAGACCCUGGCCACCGGCCUCGACGAGGAGUACAAGAAGCCCAAGAACGUGUUGGACCAGGUUGUUCGCCUGUUGGACGACCCGGACGUCGCCCCGGCAGAUCGGUUACGCCUGAUCGCCAUCUACGCGCUGUACCGCGAUGGGAUGAUCGACAAGGACAUCAGCCGACUCCUAUGGCACGCGUCACUGCAGCGAUCGCGCGACAGCACGGAUCAGGCCGUCAUCGAGAACUUCGACCUUCUCGGCGGCCGUCCGCUCAAGGAAAACCUCAAGGAAGCCCGCCAGCCCGUCCCGCCACUCUUCCCGCCCAACACGAAGAACAUGGUGCCAGACGAGGAGUACGCGCUCUCCCGCUUCGAGCCCGCAGUCAAGCACAUGCUUGAACGCGUAUGCGCAGGCGAUCUUGACACAACACUCUUCCCCUACGUCGUGCCCCCCGCCGACGCGGGCGCCGCCGAAGCCCUCAACCACCAAGCCUCCCUCCGCUCGGCCGCCCCGCGCUGGGCCUCGGCCAACCGGCGCCAGGUCGAAAGCCGCCAGCGCAUCAUCGUCUUUGUCGCCGGCGGCGCCACCUACUCCGAGGCGCGCGCCUGCUACGAUGUCUCCGAGAAGCACAACCGCGACGUCUUCCUCGCCACGAGCCACAUGGUCACCCCGGGGAAAUUCCUCGCCGACCUGCGCGUGCUCAAGACCGACCGUCGACGCCUCGAUCUGCCCAUGGACCGCCCACCUCCGAAGGCGCCCGCCCACCUAUUUGAGAAGCCUGCACCCCCUCCGCCAGCCAUCCGCCAGCCACAGCCACAACCGCACGCUCAUCAACAGCCUCACGGUGGUGCUCCGCCGCACGCCCAAGUCGGCAUGGGCAUGGGACGACAGAUGCCGCCCACCGGACCUCGCCCGCCAGUCAAGGCGCUUGCCGGUAUGACGCUCCACAGCAGUGGCGGCGGCGGUGGUGGUGGUGGUGGGUCGAAUCCGGAGCUGCGGCCGGGCACGAGUGGGUCGGCGGAUGGCGGGAAGAAGAAGGAUAAGGAGAAGAAGAAGAGGAAUCUCUUUGGCCUUAAGAAAUAAUCUAGCAAGUAGAGCUGGCCGGGGUUUCAGUUGGUGGCUGUUCCCUACCUAGCCUUGUGUAGUGGUAUGGAAGCGAGCGCUCUGGUGAGAUGGAUCUUGUUUAUUUUGUAUGGAAAAAGAGGGCCGGAACAUAUACUCCCACAGAUAUCGGCGUCUCUCUCUCUCCGUCGUCUAUUUCGCACAUUUCACCUGUCUGCCGCGGAGUCUCUGUAUAGUUCCCUAAUCAAAGCAAGGAGUUCUCGGCCUGUGUGGAUAGCUACUAGUACCUGGGGAACAGGCAGCCAGAUAAGUAAAUAGAUAGGUAGCUAAGGUAUUCUCGUCUCCGGCGAUAUCGCUACCUAGUGGCGAGAGAGCUCGAAAUGGAAGAAAGGUUCCCUUCCUCACGAGGGUUUGUAUCCGACAGAUAUACUACCCGUAUCCUUCGGCUUACUAGUUA